GAGUCAGUGAGAGCUGAACAGACAGAGCCGGUGGAAGGCAGCUCGCUUGCUCGUUCCCCGGACCUGGCUAUCCCCAACCUCUUGCCUGCAUCAGCCUCUAGCCUGGGACCUGUCCUGAUGCAUCCUUUGAUGCUGGGUCAGCCCCUUUGCCUCCAGCAAACUGGAAACCAGAGUCACUCACCUGGAUAUUCCCCCAUCACGCCUCCUGGAAACCUGGGACCCUCAGCCCCUUGCAUGGAAUGGACUCUCCUCCUGGACCUUUGACCUUUCACCCUGACCAGGCACCUGCCCAGGACCCUCAGCCUCUCAGCUAAGAGCCUGGGGUCUGGGUUAGUUCAGCUCUGGCUGUGUAAUUUGCUGGCCUGCAGGUGUCUGCCUGUCACCUGUCCUGCCAGCUGGAAAAUCAGGUCUUCCUGGUCCCUGUGUCUCUUUCCUGGAGGCUUCCCCCAUCCCAGGGCCUUUCAGCCUUGGUGUUUGGCUCUCUAAGAAUUUCACUGCCACUCUCUGCUCCCCUCCCAUUACUUUCCAUGGCCAUGUCCUAGUUGGGCCUCAGCCUGCCUGUCCUCCCCUUUUGGAGGCAUGAGGCCAGCGUGGGGCUCACAGAUCCUGGGGUGCAGAGGAAGAAGCUCCCUCGGCCUGCUGGGCUUCUCUCCGUGGCGUUGGAAGUUGGCAGUGAUGCGUCGGCAUCUCCUCCACUGUCUUUCUGGAGCUGCUCUGCUCCUUGUCACCAUGGCUUUCCUCUCCAUGAGGCACCAUGGCACUCAAGAGGUGGUCCGCUACCAAGGGGUUGGUGAUGGGACAUCGGAUAUCCCGGAGCACCAGGCUAAAAUAUCCCCAGCGGAUGUGCUAGGAGACAGUAACAGGAGACAGGAGCUGAAAGAGCCACCGGGCCCUUCCAAGGUGGGCUCUAGUGUGAGGAGAGGCCUGGAGCUUGGAGAGGUUUUCAUUGCUGUGAAGACAACCAAGAGGUUCCACCAAACGAGGCUGGAGCUGCUGCUGGACACUUGGAUAUCCAAGGCAAAAGAGCAGACCUAUGUCUUUACUGACGAAGAAGACGAAACCCUGCAGAAGAGAAUGGGUGACCAUGUGGUAUUCACAAACUGCUCUGCAGAGCAUAGCCACCCAGCCCUCUCCUGCAAGAUGGCAGCCGAGUUUGAUGCAUUCUUGGCCAGCGGCCUCAGCUGGUUUUGCCACUUGGAUGAUGAUAACUACCUAAACCCACAGGCCCUCUUGAAGCUCUUGUCUUCCUUCUCUCCAGCCCGGGACAUUUAUAUUGGGAAGCCCAGCUUGAAUCGGCCCAUCCAAGCCUCCGAAACAAUGCCCAACAAUCAGACGAGGUCCGUGCGCUUCUGGUUCGCUACUGGAGGGGCGGGAUUCUGCAUCAGCCACAGGCUGGCCGUCAAGAUGGCACCUUGGGCCAGCGGCAGUAACUUCCUGAGCACCUCGGAGCUCAUCCGCCUCCCAGACGACUGCACCGUGGGCUACAUUGUUGAGUGCAAACUGGGCGGGCGUCUGCUCCCCAACACGCUCUUCCACUCUCACCUGGAGAACCUGCAGCUGAUCCCCAGGCCCCAGCUCCUGCAGCAGGUCACCCUCAGCUAUGGUGUCUUCGAGAAGAAACUCAACACUGUUGAGCUGGCCGGCCCCUUCUCCCAGCACGAUGACCCCUCCAGGUUCCAAUCCCUUCACUGCCUUCUCUACCCGGACACUGCCUGGUGCCCACGGCCCGUCUGAGCUCCCCCACCCAAAGGGUCCCACUCAGGCCAGCGACCCGCAGUUCGUGUUGUGUGUGUGUGUGUGUGGGGGGGCACUCAGGGAGCCCUGGGCGCUCCCUCUCCUUUGCAGUGACCGCCCUGCUGCAGCUAGCGAUAGCUUUGUGGGUCAGUGCUCACUGCGCACGGCACAGGGUGAGCGGGUAGGAUCCACAGCAAGGCGCCCAGGUGAAAAUGUGGAAGGACACUGUUGGUGGAACACUCAAAUGCAACCCAGUUUCCCACGGGCUCUGGGACCCUUGUGGGGGGUGAGGAUGGGUGGGAGGGGGAAGUCGACGUGCCUCUGGUUAUGUAGGCAGUGUAGCUGUAGCCCUGUCGGUCCCAGGAUAUUCGAGAGACAAGGUGGGUGAGAUAACCUGAUGCCUCCAUGAACACAGCGAGACUUUGGCCACAGAUACUGGCUGUGCAGAAAUAUAGAUGGAGACCUGGUGCCCCCUGCUGCCUGGAUGGAGCAUAUCUCUGUGUGCAUCCUGAGCCACACGGACUGCGUGGGGCCGCGUGUGAAUGGAGUGUCCAGCCGGCCUUCACUUCAGUCUCUGCUGGGCAGAUUCUCUCCUCCCUUUAUGCCCCCAAAUCCUUUCUCCCUGACAAGUUUUCUACGCUGGACAAGAGCCUUUUCUGUCCUCUCAUUUGUUGAGCCUCUGCUGGCCAGGACUCCGCCUCCCCAGUCCCCUUGCUAAGCCUCUGCUUAGAUAGUUUGGCUACAUUCUCAAGUCAGAAACUCAAGUCUUUGAUAAUCCGUUUCAAUAAAAUGACAUUGUGGUCAUGUCUUCGUGCUAGAUCAGCCCAUGAGAAGCGCUGUACCGGGACUGCCCUGGGAAGGGGAUGGGGGCCAGGAGCCGGAGCACUGGGUCCUUCCAGGAGUCUCCCAUGAGAUGGGCGGGUAGAGGAGUGUGUGGAUUUGUGCAUUAUUCAAGUGGGGAUAUCUCUCUGUCUCUCCCUGAGCACUCUCCCUUUUCUCUGCUCCACUGGGGAUUGGGAUAAUCCCUCUUUCUAAUGACCAGCCUGUUCUUUGACAUUAGACUCCAGCCUCUACCUGGCAGGAGGGGAUGUGAGAGGAUAGUCUUAAAGAAGGAUUUGGAGUGGGAGAAAGGGAGAAUGAGGUAGAAGAUGGGAGGAGGAGAUAGUGAAGGAGUGCACAGGAGCAGAUUGGAGAUUGUGGAUUUAAGAGCCAUGCCAAAAAACCCUAAUUCACUAUGGAGUGAAAAUGGAAGGGCAAAUAGCUUAUUACCCCUGCUCUUCAGUCCCUCAGACACUAGGGGGCACCUUCAUCUGCUCCUCAUUCCUUGCUCAGUGCAGCAGAGAGGGGAAGAAGGAAUGAGAGGGAGAGGUGGGACAUGCAGCGUUGCGGACUGUUCAAAGUGUUUCCAGAUCCUGGGGGGAAUGUCUCUUGCCCUGGACUGGGCUUGUUGUGUUACCCAAAGGUCCCUCGUAGUUGAUGGAAAAUGAAUAGCAGUUAUGUUUUGUCCUUGCUCAGACAGAGAGAGUAGACUGGGGGAAAGCUAAAAAGCAAAGAAACCACUUUCAAUGGCAAUGGAUGCUCUGAAUAAAAGAAAUGUAAAGUAAUUGCCUCUUCAAGGGAAGGUGUUUUUCAAAAGCCAGUGGUGUACAAGGGGGAUCUCUGGCGUCCUGUGAGAAUGCAGAUGAAAAUGCGGGUGUGGUCUCUCUACAGAGUCAUCCAGAUUGGAAGAGAAAUCUUUAACACGGGAUAAUACAACUGCAUCUAUUGCAGUCAGUGUGGUAGAGGUCUAUGGAGAGCACCACUGUGUCUUUACCAUUUUGCAAACUGGUCAGCUCAACCCCCUGCAAAGGAACUACAAUUGUCCCGGCUUGCACUGCAGACACUUGUGUAGGAUAUUGAAGGGUUAAAAAUCACAUGUUUCAAAGGUGUUUCCACCUGGGCAGAGACGGUUCAAGAAUUGAAAGCAUGCUUUGAUUUUUGUAGAAGAACACCGUGGCCUCUUGUCACUUUCCAAUACAAACAUUUCUUCCAGUCAGUGAUCAACUUCUGAAGAAGCAGAUGACUCUCAAGUCCUGCUUUCUGUCACAAGAAAUGCACCCUUUCAUCUGGAAACUCCUCUCUGAUGACCAGGAAUAAGGACUUGCUGAUAACAAUU